AUGGCAGUACAGGCAGUGCAGUACCAGCAUGGCAGUACAGGCACCGAGCACGUGGGAUGUUUCAAGGAGAACAAAAGAGACCGACACUUCAAACUCAGCCCCGGAAACUAUGACCCCAAGUCCCUAACCCCUGAGAAGUGUUCCAGCGUGUGCGGAGCCUACAUGGCUCCCUAUGCCGGGAUGACUGACGGGAGGUUCUGCUUCUGUGGGUCCUCUAAACCAGGACCAUCUUACAAGGCAGCCGACGGCGACUGCAGCAGCACCUGCUCCGGCGACGACAAGACGAAAUGCGGGGGGUCCUGA